AUGCCCGGCAUCGGUCGCGUCAACACCUGGCUGUCGUCUGGCGGCGGUGGUGGCAGCAGUGCUACCGUUGCUCCUGCCCCUAUCGAAUCUCUCCCAUCUGACUUUUUGCCAUCCUCGUCGCCCAACGGCAUGUCUCCCAUCACCACCAACAUUCGCGUCUCUGGCGGUGUUCUCGAGAACCUGCGUCUCAUUGUCUGCAAUUUUCCCGACCUGUCGCUCACAACCAGCUGCUUGACCAUCCAGACUAUCCGCAGCUACGCCCGAAAGCUACGCCGUGGCGACCUCAUCCACGACCGUGUUCCCGCCUGCCGUCUACAGGAGGAGCAGACGCGAGCCACCAUCCGAUCGCCCACCUCUCCUGAGCUGCGGACCCACCUGAAUCGCAAGAAAUCGCUUGGAAAUCUCAAACUGAUAAACUCACUGCGUGGAAAAUUCAGCAACCGCUUCGGCCAUUCUGCCACUUCUGCCACCCUCCAAGGAAAUGGCGGCGACCACCUGUGGGGUCCUCCUGCUGCAGAUGACCCCCAUGCUGUUACGCUUGGAUUCGACAGUCUGCCCUCUGAUCCGGUCGAGACUGAGGUCGAGGCCUGUGUCGAUGCGCUUCGAGUCAUCUUUCCAGACGGCACCAACUAUCUGCUUGAUCUCCUGUACGCCCACAUCAUCGCCUACAACUACAUGAAUUCGCUCCUCGGUGGCUUGGCUCCCCUGAAGCUGCACAGCAGCGGUGGCGGUGGCAACGGCAACGGCGGAUUCCCUCCUCUCAACACCAAGCCCUCGAUGAAACUCCCUGCGGGCGUCACUAGUCUUGCCGACCUGCAGAUGCACCCUGAUUCCAGCGAGACGGUCAUCCACGACUUCCACCACAACGUAGCCACCGUGGCCUCCAGAGUGACUGUCCCUUCCAAGGCGGCCGCAACACUUGGUCUUGGAUGUACCGACUUUUGCAACGGGCCCUUCGCACCAGCCCCUGGCCCUCGCGGCGGCGGCGGCGGCGGCGAUCUCCACGCCAAGUUGCCUCUCAAGAAUUCUCCCACCGCCACAUCAUUCACCCAGUCCCUCGAGUCGGAACAGGCCAUGCGGCACCUGCGUGACGAUAUCGCCCUCAACAUCUACCGCCUUGUCGAGAUGACCAAGAGCUGCUCGCGUGGCCAGAUCUGCCGAUCCCACGAGGAGCAGAACGCCAUCCUCUCCAUCACCGACGGCAACGUGCUGGACCCCAUGUUCAUGCGUGCCAUGUGUGAGGUUGUGCGCUGUUACGAGGAACUCCUUGCUUAG